AUGCACAGUGAAGGAGAAAGAGAGAAGGGAAUCAAAGAGGAUGUUAAUGAGCAAGAUAUGUCACAAGAGUCUCCAAGUGAUUGCAGAAAUGGAGAUAUCCAGACAAACAAUGAAAAUAGUCUUGUAAAAACAGAACUACAGUCCCAAUCACAAGAUGUAGAGCCAGAGGCUGAAGAGGGAAUCAAAGAUGAUGUGACUGUACAAAGGAAGUCAGAAGAGAUUUUGAAUGAUUACAGUACUGGAGAUACCAUGAUAGAUGUAAAAACAGAAGAUACUAAAUCUGAAGAGAAAACCGUACACACUGUGUCCAAAACAUAUCAACAUAAUGAGCAGCAGUCAAGUGGUGAUCAUAAACCAGUGACCAACUCAUCCAGUCACAAGGCAGAAGAAAACAAAGGUUGCCUUCGAAUGACGAAAAAGCUCCUGCGAGACAUCUGCAAACAGCAAAAAUUAUACAUGACCCCAUGUUUGAAUGACACACUAUAUUUACAUUAUAAAGGAUUUGACCGCCUUGAGAAUCUUGAAGAGUAUACAGGAUUAAAGUGUCUAUGGCUUGAAUGCAAUGGUUUAACAAAAAUUGAGAACCUGGAGGCUCAGACAGAGUUGCGCUGCCUCUACUUGCACCUCAAUUUAAUUAAUAAAAUUGAAAACCUGGAACCCCUGCAAAAGCUGGAUUCACUCAACCUCAGUAACAAUUAUAUCAAGAUCAUUGAAAACCUCUCUUGUCUGACAGUUCUGCACACUCUGCAGAUUGCUCACAAUAAGUUACAAACAGUGGAAGACAUACAGCACUUGCAGGAGUGCCCAACUAUCUGUGUCCUUGACCUUUCUCACAACAAGUUAGAUGAUCCAAAUAUUCUAAAUAUCCUGGAGACCAUGCCUGAUUUGCGUGUGCUGAAUUUGAUGGGAAAUGAAGUGAUUAAGAAAAUUCCUAAUUAUAGAAGGACACUUACUAUUCGACUAAAACAGUUAACAUACCUGGAUGAUAGGCCAGUUUUUCCAAAGGACAGAGCCUGUGCAGAAGCCUGGGCCAUGGGCGGGCGUGAAGCAGAGAAGAGUGAAAGGGAAAAAUGGGAGACCAGAGAGAGAAAGAAGAUCCAAGACAGCAUUGAUGCGCUAACAGCGAUCAGGCGAAAAGCUGAAGAGAAGAAAAGACAAAGGGAAAAGGAAGAAAGAGAGAUACUUAGAAAGUGUGAGAAUAGAGGCACAACAGAGGCCCAGGAAGGAGAGGUUCCACCCACAAGUUACAGCAGCGAUGUGAGUAACAAUACUUCAGGGAUUUCAAAUGCUUCUGAAGAGACAGAAACUCAGAAGAUUAAGAAAUUUGUAAAUGAAAGCAUGGAGGCCCAUGAUGAAGUUUUAGCUGAAACAUCAAGUAAAGAAGAUCUGGAUAGCCUGCAUACUAACGUUACCGGUAACAUUCAGAAGGAUGGGCAAGAAGCUAAUUCUCACAAAUGCCCAAAUUUCAGUACUAAUGAAGAAGCGAUACUAGUAGGGAAUAUGGCUACCGAAGGUGCCCUGGUUACUGAACUGGAUGAGUCUGCAGAAACAGAGCAAAUUAAACUGGAGAUACCAGAGAAGCUUUUCAUUGAUGAACUGCCUGAUUUAGAAGAUGUGGAUGUUAGUGAAUUCUCACCAGUAGAGGAAAACUCAAUCAGAAAGCAAGCAUGUCAUCCAAAGAUUGAAAUCAUUUCUGAAGUGAGUGAUGACAAGGACUCUGCAUCAGAGGAAAACAAAACCUUAUUUGGGAACUCAAUAACAGAAGAGAUCCCAACAACCAUCUUUUCAAAUAUAUGUAAGGUACCUGAAGACAGUGAAAGGGAAACCACAAGACUCCUUGUAGAAGGUUUAGCAGAGCCUUGGAGUCCAGAGAGCGACUUAGAGAUCAAAGUUAAAGCCAAACCUUUGAAACCAUUGAUACAAGAGAUUAUUGCUGAACCAAUAGAUGAGAUACUGACAUCAGCAGCCUACAAUAAAGUGGAUAACCUAACCCCAGAGGAAUUGGACAACAAAGACAGUCACAUUAAACCCUCCUGCCCUGAGAAUAGCACUGCGGACAAAACAGUGCAGUGUCUGGCAGAAAAUGGAGGAUCCCCUCAUAAACCACAAGAAGAUAACGAGGACAUCGAAUAUGGAUUAGAUUAAGUGAUGAAUAAAAAUGGACCAAAUCUGGAAUAUAC